AAGCUAAAGCUGCCCCUUUGGAUUUAUUAUUGAAUAUACACCACCGACCGAAACCGUGUGUGUAAAAUUGUAAGGCCCAAAGAAUUGACUUUGGCAUAAACUAUGCUAUUAGCGAAUUUAGUUACCUGCGCGACUUCAAGCUAGUCUCAUCGCAAUACGAAGCUUUCCUCGGUUAGAAGUGCGACUUCUCAACACCUUGCACAUACAAGUCGUCGGCCUUCUUAUAGUAAAAAAAAACGAGCGUUACAAUUUUGAAUUUGUGUUCUAAUUUUCUAACUAUUUUUACACCACCUUUUGGCAAUGAUCUAACAACAAAUUCGAAAAAUACAAAUCUGUCUAGAAUGAGAGGAUUAUUAUUGUAAUUUUUUUGGAAUCACAAAAAUAAAAAAAAAUGCAUUCUACAACAAGUUUAGUCUUAAUUAUUGUGCUAAGUAUUUUAAGCACAUUGAGUGCGGGCACUUUGGACACUUCGACGUGCGAGUUAAAAAAUAAUUGUGAUUUAAAUGAGAAAUUAAUUGCAAAAGAUUCUGGUAUUGGUGAUAAAUUGGAAAAGAAAAUCAAUUCGAUAUUUGAAGAUAAAGUUAACUAUAGUUUGAAAUUGUCCUAUCAAAAUGAUGAGAUUGAUGAAGAAGUAGGAGAACAGCGCAUUAUUGGUUACACUUCGGUGGCGAAUUUGACGCAAUUUAAAAAAUUAACCGACAAGGAGACUGAAGAGGAAUAUGAAAUUCAAGAAAAAGAGUACCUAAGAGCAAUCAGUGACAGAUUUAUGGGAUUGUCUCGUCCUUUUGAUGCAUCAAUUAGUCCAACAGCUUCGACAACUUGUCGAAGACACACUCGAGCAUUUCUAGAAGGACUUCAAAAUUUUGAUCUUUGGGCAAUGAAAAUGCACGAUGCUACAGGAAAACUAACGUCUGGAAUUCUUAAUGGCAACAUCAAUCAAUAUGGUGAUUUUGACCAGUGUUUAAACGUCAAAACUCCAUCGGGAUCAGAUGAAUUUCAGGGACAGUAUUGCCUGGCGUACGCACAACCUGUUUGGUCUCAUAAAUCGAAGAAACUUAAGGAAUUCUUCGAGCUCAUUCAGUCUCACAGUCCAUUUCGAAACGAAUUCAAUGAUCCUGGACAUCGUGUCCCCCGAUAUAAUAUAAUAAACUGGGGUAUUUGUGUACCCUCAUCAUGUAAGCCACAAGAUGUUGAAUAUGCUGUUAAGGAAUUUUUAACAAACAUGACAAUAUCAACUGGAGUUUCAUUCAAAGUUCGAGUUGAACCACAACAUUGUCAAGUUAAACAAAAUCUUCCAUGGGAUCGUGGUACAAAAUUGGCAGUACAAUUCUUUUUAUGUAUUAUUUCGAUUGCAAUUUUAUCAACGAUUUACGAACUACAAUCCGAUGAAGGAAAACAGAAUCAAUGGUUAACAGCAUUUUCACUCCACAAAAAUGCCAAAUCAUUAUUCAGUACUAAAGCAUCUCCAAAUGACAUUGAAGCUGUUCAUGGAAUACGAUUCCUGAAUGCUAUAAUGUUGCUAUUAUCACACAAAUCAAUGGCAGUUUUCUUUAAUGCCUUCAAUAAUCGAACCGAAAUGGCUGAAAGCUUAGGAAAACCUUGGACUGUUAUUGGACGAGCUGCUUCCCUAUACACUGAUCCCUUUUUAAUGUUCAGUGGAAUGUUAACAGCUUAUUCUUUAUUCGGGAGGCUUUUGAAAGGACAACCUGCUCGUCUCAAAAACGAAUACAUUGGCAGACUUAUGAGAAUCGUCCCACCAUUGGCAGCUUUAAUAUUAUUUUGUACAUUUAUUCUUCCCAUGUGGGGUUCCGGCCCACAAUGGAAUCUCGUUGUUGGGCAUCAUUCAAAUAUUUGUAAGAAAAAUUGGUGGAGAAACCUUUUGUUUAUUCACAAUUACUUUGGAUUUGGAGAAAUGUGCCUGACACAUACUCACCAUCUUGGAAUCGACACUGAACUUUUUGUAGUGGCUCCUCUUAUGAUCUUUGCCAUAUGGAAAUGGCCAAGAGGUGGAGUUAUUGGACUGAUUUCAUUGGCAAUAAUUGGAACCGCUGCAAGAUAUUACACAACAGUUGUCAAUGAACUUUCCAACUAUGUUUACUUUGGAACAACGAUACAAAGACUCUUUAGAACAGCAGACUACAUGUACUCAUUCCCACCACACAGAUCCACAGUUUACAUAAUGGGUAUAUUCCUGGGCUAUGGAUUGAGAAAGCUUCAAGGCAUCAACCUUACAAACUUUCAACUGACAAUGGGAUGGACAGCUGCAGUAUUUUGUCUUAUCGCGUCUCUACUUGGACCAGCUCCAAUGGGUGACAUGUCCUAUGUGUAUAACUCUACACAUGCGGCGAUAUAUGCAGCAUUUGCACCAGUAGCAUGGUGUUUCUUCUUCGCUUGGAUUGUUUUUGUAUCACACAUGGGUUACAAAAAUCGUCUGACGAAUUUCUUCUCUUGGAAGGGUUUCCAAGUGGCAACAAAACUCUCAUAUGCCAUCUAUCUAACCCAAUUUCCAGUUUUCUUCUUCAAUGUGGGUCGAAAACGUCACAUUCUUCAUUAUUACAAUUUUGUGUUCCAAAUGUUGGAUACCAAUGAAUUGAUAAGCAUUUUCAUAGCAUCAACAAUGCUUACACUCUUCUUCGAUAUACCAUUUCAAAAUCUCAAAAAACUCAUUUUUAAUCGAACGCCAAAGAGUAAAAAGUCCGAUAUAACCUGCCAACAGAAGAAGCAACAAGUAGUCUGUGAUCAUUCAUCAUCAAGCAAUAAUAAUGAAUUAAGCUCAGACUUUUUGAACCUAGAGAGUAUCCAAAGUAAAGUGCAUGCCGAAUAGAGAGUAGAGUUGUUGAAGGCGCACACAAUUUUAGCCACUAACGCUUAUUUUUUUUAGAAUUAAAUUAUUUUUUCUUUUAGUUUAAUUUUGAAAACAAAACAAACAAAAAACAAAACAAGUGCAAGUUUGUAAAAUAAUUAAAAUGGAAAUGUUAAUGAUUAGUCAUUUUGUAUAGUAGAUUUUAAGCAGAUGCAAAUUUUAGACAUUUAAGUUAUAUAAUUUAGUUCGAAAAAUGUAUUUUUAAAUUAAAAAUAAAAUUAAACUGA